UACACCGCCCUUGACCAUUUGACACCUGAUGACAUAACCUUAAUCGCUCAUGUUAAAUAACCUAUCUUUCUGGCCUCGAAUCUUUUGAAAAUUUCCAAAUAAAUAACAGAACCAGCCGAAAACAUGAGCGUCCCAUUGCCCCCAGGUACUGGCUUAGAAAAUAUAGACGGUGAACAGAUCAAGACGUUCAAAGACUUCUUAAUAUCGUAUAAUAAAUUGAGCGAGCUGUGUUUCACGGACUGUGUAUCAGAUUUCACGUCUAGGAAUAUCAAGGGACCAGAGGAAAAGUGUGCCCUGAAUUGCCUAGAGAAAUUCCUCAAGGUGAACCAGAGGAUAUCGCAGCGCUUCCAGGAGUUCCAGCUUUUAGCAAAUGAAAGUGCUAUAGCAGCAGCACAGAAAAUGGAGAAAAGCAAAGGAUGAAACUUGGUUUCGUUCUUAGGCCAAAUUUUAAAGUAUGUGCAUUUGUUAGUCAUGAUUUUUUGUUAUUUAAGAUGUUUAGAGUUCAAUAAAGUAUUUUGUUUUUAAAGCA